AUGCUGGCACAGAUGGUGUGGGCCAGGAAGAGGGAGAAGAGGAGCCUACAGAAAAGGACCUCGCCUUGCCAUGCGGCUCCGUCGGCUCCGUCAGUUCCGGCGACCUUAGCAGUGGCUCCGAAGCUGGAGCAUGGAGGCUUCUCGCAGCAAAUGGAUCAGCAGCUCGAGGGCAUCUGGAAUCGCUUCCAAGACAGCCGCCUGAGGAGCCAGCAGGCCCAGCAGGACACGAUGCUCGCAUGCCUGCAGCAGCAGGCCCGGAACUUCCAGGCCGAGCGACAACAGCAAGUCGAGGCCUUCCAUGCCUAG